CUCAUCGUGGCCGUGACCGUGCUGGCUGCCGUGGUGUUCAAGAAAGUCGACUCCAUCUCCAACGACAUCAGCUCAGCCCAGACCUAUUAUGAGAAGAAAAUUGUGUCCAUCCAGGAGGACCUCCAGGGGCUGGAUGAGAAGACCUCGGGGAACUGCUCCCUCUGCCACGAGACAGAACAGCUGGGCCAGGAGAUCACCAAGCUGCAGGGCGAGCUGGAGAAUAUCCAGAAGAUGCUUUUGGUUCAAGAAGUCCUGCUUGACCAGACCUCCCAGACCCACGACCAGCUCUCAUCCGCCAGCAACGAGAUCACCAGCGAGGUGGACAACUGCUCCUUCUCCAUCCGACAGGUCAACGAGAGCUUAGGGCAGCUCCUGGCCCAGGUCGGCGGCUGGCGGGUGGUCACCUCCCAGCUGGAGAGCUCUCUCAAGGGCUUGGCCCAGGAGCGCUACGAUGUCCGAGCAGCCAUGCAGCAGAUGAACUUCACCCUGGGGCAGACCUCCGACUGGAUCCAGGUCGUCCAGAGGAAGACGGACGAGGAGACGCUGACGCUGCAGAAGGUGAUGGGGCUGCAGCUGCAGCUGGACAACAUCUCCUCCUUCCUGGAUGACCACGAGGAGAACAUGAACGACCUGCGCUACCACAGCAGGUACACGCAGAACCGCACGGCCGAGCGCUUUGAGACCCUGGAAGGCCGCAUGACGUCCCACGAGAUCGAGAUCAGCACCAUCUUUGCCAACAUCAAUGCCACCGACAGCCACGUCCACAGCAUGCUGCGCUACCUGGAUGACGUGCGGCUCUCCUGCACCCUGGGCUUCCACACCCACGCCGAGGAGCUCUACUACCUGAACAAGUCCCUCAGCCUGGUCCAGGGCACCACGGACCUCCUGCGGGAGCGUUACAGCCUGCUCAGCGCCCGGCUGGACUUUGACAUCCGCAACUUGUCCAUGGUCAUGGAGGAGAUGAAGGUGGUGGACGUCCGGCACGGGGAGAUGCUGAAGAACAUCACCAUCUUACGAG